CGGUUUCUUCUGCAUUAGCGCCCCCUACCGACUGGACGGUAUUAGUUCCUGUAUCUUUCAGAAAAUGAAAACAUGAUUGUUUUUUCUUCUUUUAAAUCUAUAAAUAGUCUUGAAAAAGGCAGUUACUAACAAGUGGCUAAAAGGGACUUAGGUUGUCGAGGACAUAAACACGACACUUAACAAACUAAUCUAAUCAUGGUCGCCAGUGUUUGGGAAACUUACUUUUAAAAGUGGGCUAAUGCAUUCCAAUAUUGCAAACACAGCUGAACAGCUAAGUUUUUAAUUGUAUAUAUUAUGAAACACGCUCGUUUAUGUAUACUGUUUAGUAACUUUUAUUUUGUACCAUUAAUAUUUUCGUUAUGUUUAAUGGUUGAUUGGUAACCAUGGUAACCGAAAUAAUCGUUAACCACCGUUGAACUCCACCGGACGCGACUGGUUCUCUGAGAUCUGCUGGACAACGAUUUGUUAAGCAGGUUGAGCCCAUACUGUGAGAAGAUGUGGAAAGCGUUGCUGGACAGGGCUCUCCAUCUGCAGCAGGACCUCCGUCGCUUCACUAAGCUCUAUGACCAAAUCAUGCUGCUUGUGCUCCUGAUGAACACUGCAACACAAGUGGCAAUGACAUUUCAAGGACUGGCACCAGCUUGGGUUUAUGAAGCACUGGAAGCAGUCUUCUUGGCUUUUUAUACGAUGGAGUGUGUGUUAAAGCUGAUAAGUUUUGGCUUAAAAUACUUCAAAAGCAUGUGGAAUAUUCUGGACUUCUCAGUCACUUUGGUAGGGUUGGUAGACCUUUUUCUGGACAGUAAACAGUAUGAUAGUGAGCGUUUCACCACUUUUUUCCACCUCCUUAAAAUGUUCAAAGUAUGUCGAGCGUUCAGGAUCUUACGCACACUGCGGUUUUUCAGCGGUCCCAAGGUCAUCAUGAAAGUAAUAGGAAAGUCUUUGAAGAUGAAUGGAAUCAUCUUCGUGCUCAUGUUUUGCAUCUUCGUCAUGUUUUCCAUUCUUUUCCGACAAAACUUAAGCAAGUCCGACCCAAAGCGAUUUGGUUCCAUGCUCAGUACCAUGUCUACACUCCUCCAGCUGUUGACACUUGAUGACUGGAUUAACGUCUACUACACCAGUCGAGACAAUGGUGCACCUGAUGUUAUCAUCUUCAUCGUCUUGUACAUCUUGACUGAAUACUACAUCCUUUUAAGUGACAGUGGACACCAUCCUCAGCAACAGAAAGAACAUGGUUGAGGAACAUCCGUCGCCGAUCGCGACGACAGAGCAAAUCAAGAGUGAGCCGACUGACGAUCAGACGACCAAGGUUGCCUUCUCAGAAAACAAUUUCAUUGAAGGGAAGAACAUUCGGAUGGAACACUGUUUGAGAAUCCUGGAAGCUCUGGAGAAGAAUCAGCAGUUGUUUCGGAAACAAACCAAUUACCUUUACAGGCUGAUUGAAUGCACUGAAGUGGGACCUUCCUUUUACCAUAGAAAGGAAGCAGAUGAGGACGAGGAUGAGCUAGAGGACAGCCAGUGAGAAGAUGGUCUCAUUAUAAUGUAGUAUAUUCACAAUAUAGUAUAUAUGUGUAAUAUAUUAAUAUAGCAUGUGAGUGUACAUAUAUUCUUUAUCUUCAUUAUAAUAUAGUAUAUAUGUGUCUAUAUAUUAUUGUUUCGUAUACAGUGCUACUUGAAAGUUUGUGAACCCCUUGCAGA